AUGGCAGACGAGUAUGACCCGCUCGACCCGCCGACCUUUGACGCAGCCGCCGAGGACGAAGAAGCCUACGACCCGACCGAGUAUGAGAACUACGAACAGCAAGACGCCGGCGACGAAGACGAUGACUACGACCCCUCGAGCUUCAACUUCGGCGGCGACGGCUCAGACCAGCAACCCACCCCCACAGAGCCAGCCCCCGCAGCUCAGGAAUCUCCCGCCCCAGUCGAGAAGGCCCCAAAGCCACAGCAAAAAGUCGCCGGAUUCAUAGUGGAAGAGAGUGAUGAUGAGCAAGACGAGAGCGCGCCACCACCGUCGCAACUCAACGGCACGGCUGGUGCGCACUCUGGUCUCGGCGCGGUGGCAGCCUCUGAGGCGCAGGAUGUAUCGUUAAGUAGUGCACCACAAGACACUGCUACUUCUAGCACAAGUCUCAAUGGGUCCACCACUGUUCAUGUCCCUGCAUCUACUUCUCCAUCACUUCCUGAUCCCUCAAUUCAGCAACCUCUUCCAGAACAGGGUAAGACCAUUUCGCCAGUCGCAUCGGCUCAGGCGUCUAUCGCUCCAACUCCGCAACCUCCAGUAUCCGCAGUUGCUGCAGCUCCUGCUCCGCCCACAACCCAGACGAAUGGCGCCACUUCACAACCACCGGCGAGACUCCCACAUGACAAAGUCGGACAGCUCGAGGAUCGUAUCAAGGACGACCCCAAGGGCGAUACUGAUGCCUGGAUGACUCUCAUCGACCAUUACACCGACAAGGGCCAGUAUGACCAGGUCAGAAAUGUGUACGAUCGCUUUGUCUCAGUCUUUCGAAAAUCGGCUUCGAUUUGGAAGAAGCGUAUCCUGAUGGAGAGAGAGCUGGAUGAGCGUGACAAAGUGGUCUCGCUGCUCGCGGCUUGUGUCACAACAGUCCCGAACGUCGACCUCUUCAAAAUCUACCUCGAUCAUGUGCGCCGAGUCAUGCCACUUCUGAAUGAUGAUGGCAACAACCUCGCCACCAUUGACCAGGCUUUCAGUCUGGCAUUCGAGAACAUCGGGACCGACCCAGACGCCGGUAUCAUCUAUCACGACUACAUCGAGUUCUUGCAAGAGACACCUGGCACUGUCGGCGGCUCAUCGGUCAAGGAUGGACAAAAGGUCGAUCGUCUCCGUGCAGCAUACCAGCGCGCCAUUCGAGUACCUCAUUCAGAGUCUGUCAAGUCGUGGAAAGAGUACGAGGCUUUCGAAAUGGGACUACACAAGGCUACCGGACGAAAGCACAUUCAAGAGCAGAGCCCCUUCUAUGUCGAAUCACGCAAGGCGAAGGUCCAACUUGACCAGAAGAUUGAAGGCCUCGAUCGCCAAUCUCUCCCUCGCUUGCCUCCGAUCUACGGCUGUGCUGGCGAGGAGGAAUUUGGCACGCAGGUGGAGAAGUGGCGAGGUUGGAUUGCAUGGGAGAGAGACGAGGAUCCACUGGUUCUGAAAGGCACAGAAGACGCUGUAUGGCGACAGCGUGUCCUGUACGCCUACCAACAAGCCACGAUGUCGUUGUACUUCUACCCAGACAUUUGGUUUGAAGCAGCGUCUUGGUGCUUUGCGCAAGGUGACGUCGGCUCGUUGUCAAAGUCAGGCGAACAAUUCCUCGAGCAGGGCAUUCUUGCAAACCCAGAGUCGGUUCUACUUGCGAUGAUGAAAGCGGAUCGUGUGGAGAGUAGUCUGGACUCCGGAAACACAGACGAGAUCCUCUUACGAAACGGUGACAGGCUCGAUGUUCCAUACGAAGCCCUGCACACCGCACUGUACGCUGUUAGGAAUAAGAUGCUGGAGAAGGACAAGAAAGCUGUGGCACAGAUUCACGACUACUUUGCCUCUUUACCAGCAGAAGACGAUGCGAUGCAGACUCAGGAGGAUGGUGACGAUGAAGACGCAUCAGAGCAGAGGGCGCAGACACGCGACGAGCAGAAGAGGGCUCAGCUUGAUGCUGUCAAAGCCGCCUCAACAAGCCAGCUGGACAUACUCAAGCGCACCAUCUCAUACGUGUGGGUCGCAAAGAUGCGAGCCUUUCGCCGUGUGCAGGGUCAAGGCCAACCGCAAAAGAAGGGUGGACCGCCGGCGGUCAAGGGUUUGAGAGGAAUCUUCCAGGAAGCUCGUCCGCGUGGCUUCAUCUCCAGCGAUGUCUACAUUGCAUCGGCGUUGAUCGAGUGGAACACCUACCGAGACACUUCGGCAGGGAAGAUCUUUGACCGAGGCUUGAAGCUCUUCCCAACCGAUGAGAUCUUCAUUCUCGAAUACGUGAAGCAUCUGGUAGCCGAAGGUGAUAUCACGAAUGCUCGGGUCGUGUUUGAGUCCACCAUCUCCAAAAUCACCAAUUCUGCCGACUUCACUCAAGAACAGAAGAGAGACAAGUGCCGGCUGCUCCUCGUGUUCAUGCACGACUACGAGAGCAAGUAUGGUGACCUUGCUCAGAUCCACCGCCUGGAGAAGCGCAUGGCAGACAUGUACCCAGAAGAGCCCGAUGUCAUGCGCUUCAGCAACCGCUUCUCGCUUCCUACGUUCGACGCAAUGCACGCCCAAAUCCUUCUCAGCCCAACUCAAGCGCAGCCCAAGACCGAGGUGCCCAUCAUCGUUGCACCUCCUGAGGCCAUGGCGUCGAUUGAAGAGCGAAUGAGUCCAAAAGCACCCGAGAUUCUCCUUGGACCAAAUGGUCCUUACGUCGCCAGCCCCAAGCGCCCUCUCGAAGACUCCGACACAGACACGCCUCAACGCAAGUUCAUGCGCGCCGAGUCGCCCCUCAAAGGUGCCGCUGGCGUACGCAUGCAAGGCAAGGCCACUACCACUGGCGGCGCGAGCGGUGGUUUCGCGACCAAGACCUUCGUGCCAGCCAACGUCGCCGCCGCACAAGCUCCCGCGCCUCCUAGUCCGCUACCACCCAUCAUCGACUGGUUCUUGCGCAUCCUGCCAAACGCGGCUGCCUACAACGGCGUCCGCUUCGACCCGGGCAAGUUGGUGCAGUUCAUGCCGACCGUCAACCCGCAGAACGCGAGGCGAUAG